CAUCGCAUUAUUCGCGUGCAGGAACGUCAAACAGAAACAGAAAAAAUAGUUUUUGCUUUGUGCCGAAUUUCCACUGCCAUUCAGUAAGUUGUCGGUUUUUGCGGUAACUGUGGCUACCAGUUUAUCAGAGGCCUCGAUCAAGCCAAAAAGGCAGUUUUGUUCAUAACGAAAUAAAUAUAUCUGAAAGGAAUCGUGAAAGGAAAAAAUGGCUUUCAUUGAUCUCUCCGGUGACGGAGGUGUCCAAAAGCAGAUACUUCUAGAAGGGUCUGGCGAUGAAACACCAUCUAAUGGUUGCUCUGUGUCGUUGCAUUAUACCGGAACACUGGAUUCGGAUGGCAAACAGUUCGACUCUAGUCGAGACAGAAAUGAACCGUUUGAGUUUAAGCUUGGUCAAGGAUCGGUCAUCAAGGCAUUUGAUAUGGGAGUGGCCACGAUGAAACUGGGCGAAAAAUGCAUAUUAAAAUGUGCCCCAGAUUAUGCAUAUGGGGCCUCCGGUAGCCCACCAAACAUUCCUCCUAAUUCGACGCUGAAUUUCGAGUUGGAAAUGCUCGGCUGGAAAGGAGAGGAUUUAAGUCCUAAAUCCGACCGGGGCAUUGAGCGGUUUAUUGUCAAGCAAGGUGAAGGGAAAAGGACUCCAAACGAUGGUGCAUUUGUGAAAAUCCACCUAGUCGGUCGUCAUGCAGGAAGCACAUUUGAAGAGCGUGAUGUCGAAUUCACGAUUGGUGAGGGCGAGGAAGCCGGCGUAGUUUCCGGCGUUGAAAUUGCACUAGAAAAAUUCAAAAAAGCAGAAACUUCCAAGCUUAUUUUGAAGCCUCAGUUCGCCUUUGGGGCACAGGGUAAUCAGGAACUUGGUGUACCACCGGACGCCACAGUCGAAUACAUGGUAACGUUGAAGGAGUUCGAGCGAGAACCAGAUAGCUGGAAAUUGGACGACGCUGAACGAAUGGAACAGGCCAAGCUCUUUAAGGAAAAGGGAACCGAGUACUUCAAAGAAAACAAAUUUAAACUUGCUCUAAAAAUGUACGACAAAUCAUUGAGUUUCUUGUCUAGCUGUGAUUCGCAGGAGUCUAAACAAUUUCAAUUGGCCGUUUAUCUGAAUAAAGCUUUAUGUCAUCAGAAAUUGAACGAUCAUGAUGAAGCAAAAAGUGCAUGUAACGAAGCCUUGAACAUCGACAGUAAAAAUGUGAAGGCAUUAUACCGUCGCGGCCAAUCGAAACUUGCCCUAGGAGAUUUCGAAAAGGCGUUCGAUGAUUUCAACUCAGUACGGGAGAUUGAACCCGAGAACAAAGCUGCCCUCAAUCAAGUUACAAUUUGCAAACAGAAAAUCAAGGACUAUAAUGAGCAACAGAAGAAAGUGUUCGCCAAUAUGUUCACUAAAUUUGCCAAAAGCGAUAAACAGCGAGAGGAGGAGGAGCAAAGCAAACAACCCGAUGUAAUGAAAGCCAAUUUUGGUGAAUGGAGAGAUGACGAACGCGAACAUGAGCCUACCCGUUUCGAGCAGGAAAAUCCAGAUGUUAUCAUGCUGAACGAAUCGUUGAAGGAUUUCAGAAAUAUGUAAAAUGGAACAACGUUUUCCUAUUCUAUAGUAACAAGCCAUUUGGUCGUCGCAAUCAGUUUUCAUUGUAUUAACAUUAUGUUUGACGACAAACAAUAUAUUAUAGUGCGUACUUGUA